GAACUCUGUGAUAACAAAGGUUGACAAUAUUGUAAACAUGAGAUAGCGAAUGUUUUAUUGAGAAGGUUGGUUGGGAUAGAAACAUGAGGUUCACGUUAGCUCUUACUGUCGCCCUAGCCGCCUACCUCUCCGCAGUAUGCGAGGCCCAGGUUCUGUACGACUACACCCACCCUGGAUACCUGUUCGCGGGCGCCUUGCCGUUCACAGACUACUACGGUAACGUCGGUGGAGGUCCCGCCGCAGCUUACGGUGGCUACGGAGUGGGCCAGGGCUUCCCUUACUACCCUCUGGGCUACGGAGGAUACGGUGAAGGCCGCAGCUACGGCUUCGAGACGAGGGUCCCUGGAGGAGUCUUUGGCCACGACGGCUGCGGCUGUGACGGCUACGGGAAGUACGGAUGCAAUUGCUGAUCUGCUAAAAACUACAAUUGCUGAUCUGCUAAAAACUACAAUUGUUGAUCUGUUAAAAACUACAAUUGUUGAUCCUCUUCUAAAAACUGCAAUUGGCGAUCUGCUAAAAACUGCAAUUGUUGAUCCACUAAAAACUCAAUUGUUGUUCCCUAAUCACUCUCUAAUUCCACCAGAACAACCCUCCUAUUACAAAACAGGAAAACAUGUAAGGAACAACCAUGAUAUUUUAUAUGUGUUACGCAUGUGACUUUGUUACUUUGUAUAAAACUUUAAACCUCA